AUGGCGCACCGAAGCGAAAAGAGCCAAUUGAAACGGCCUCGCGGCUCGCUGCCGGAAGAUGGUACAGACUCGAAGAAGCCCCGUAGGUCCGACCGCUUGGCCCACGCCGACCCGGACAAGACUCCCGUGUCGCGCGAGCAUCAGCUGCCGUCGCCCGUCACAAACAAUGCCACCGAGGGCUCGACCGAGCUUCCCCAGGAGCACACGGCGACUCCUCCCGUAGCCGUGGCCGACGAGCUCACUCCCAGGAAGGCUCCCGAUAGCUUGGGCCAGAGCCAGGCGCUGUCGUCUCCGCCGCAGGACACGCAGCCACUCAGCCAAUUCAUCGACCGGCACCCGGCUUUCUCUGACGAUGUUGUGGACGAGAUCAAGGAAGGUGUUUGGGGUUAUCUAGUCCCUCUGGACCCUAAAUAUGGCGACAAGCCUUUGGUGCUCAAAAAACGCGUCUCAUGUCCUCUUCCUGAUACCGUGGAAGCUACCGCAGAUGGCGCAGGGCAAGACAACAAGGAUUCAUCGGCCGUGAAGGAAGAAGAGGCAUAUGAGAAGACCAAAGUAAAGGGUGUUGCAGCUGGAGGGUACCUGAUUGGACGUCACCCUGAGUGUGAUGUGGUUGUCAGCGAAGGAGUCGUUUCCAACCGACAUUGCCUUAUUUUCGCGGAAAACGUCGGGACAGAUACCGUAGCAGUUGUAGAAGACGUGUCGAGCAAUGGAACGUACGUCAACGAGGCUCUCGUCGGGCGCAACCAGCGUCGCGAACUGGAGGACCAGGACGAAAUUGCCGUUCACGGCAAAGCAAGAUUUGUCUUCAGAUAUCCCCAGAGCCGGCAAACGAGCGCGUUUUCACAACAGUACACGCUCAUGGAAAAGCUCGGAAAGGGCCACUUUGCAGAGGUUUAUCUGUGUGUAGAGAAAUCAACUGGCAAGCGAUAUGCCGUCAAGAUCUUCACCAAGCAUCCUGGCGCCAAGGAGGACAAGUCUAAGACCGAAGGCCUGCAGCAGGAGAUUGGUGUUCUGAUGGGCGUCAGCCAUCCCAACGUUCUUUGCCUCAAAGAUACAUUUACUGAACGCGACCAUGUUUACUUGGUCCUGGAGCUUGCUCCCGAAGGCGAGCUGUUUAACUACAUCGUCAGGAAGCAGAAGCUCAGCGAAGACGAGUCGAGGAAACUGUUCCUUCAACUCUUCCAGGGCAUCAAAUAUCUGCAUGAUCGUAACAUUGUACACCGAGACAUUAAGCCAGAGAAUAUCCUGCUCGUGGACCAAAAUUUGCAUGUGAAGCUGGCCGAUUUCGGAUUGGCAAAGAUUAUCGGAGAAGAAUCAUUCACAACAACGCUUUGCGGAACUCCCAGCUAUGUCGCCCCGGAAAUUCUGGCCGAUACUAAGAAUCGAAAGUACACCAAAGCCGUUGACAUUUGGUCUCUCGGCGUUGUGCUGUACAUUUGCCUCUGUGGUUUCCCGCCUUUCUCUGAUGAGCUUUUCUCACGGGACUUUCCUUUUACACUCUCUCAGCAAAUUAAGAGCGGCCGAUUUGAUUAUCCAUCACCAUACUGGGACUCAGUCGGUGACCCAGCUCUUGACUUGAUCGAUUGCAUGCUAAUCGUGGAUCCGGAACGUCGUUACACUAUCGACCAGUGCCUGAAGCACCCAUGGCUCACAGCCGGUGCACCGGCUGUCAAUGACAGCACCGGAGGGCUCGUGGGUGGUAUCGAGGGAUUGGAAGUUAACCGCCGAGCCCCUGUUAGAGAGAGAACCCUACUGGCAACACUCAACUCUGUAUCAAUUGCUGCUGAGAUAGACGGCGGAAGCAAGGGAACCCCUAUCAAGGUGUUUUCUAAGAACAAACACCGUACGGCAAAUGCACCCCAUGAAGCCGGGCCGGCACAUCAGCGAGCACCUGACGAAUUCAUGGAAUUAGGCGGCAAGGGAGACCAGCAGCUGUUUGGCGACGACACCGGGAGCAUCUAUCCUGCUGGUGAUAUCGCUGCGAAAAAGAAGCCAGCAGGUAAACCAAACGGCAAAUAA